CAUUCUACCAUUCCACCUCAACUCAAUCAAUCCCAAUAACAACAACAAUAAAAAAUAUAUUCAAUGGACCCAAGACACAGCUCAUCCCGCCCCACCCCCCAACAAAGCCACCUACGACCCCCUCCGCACCACCGUCCCUUAGCAACAACAGCCAGCUCCGCCCCCCCAGCCUCAGCUCCCCCCCGAGCCCCCGUCACCGCACACCCCACCGCAACCAUCUCCGACUCGGCCGUCUUCCAAGGACCACACCGGAUCACAAUCGGGUCCGGCUCAAUCAUCCACCCUCGCGCCCGGAUAUACUCGCACGACGGACCCGUUGUAAUCGGCGACGGAUGCAUAAUUAGCGAGAAGGCCUCGGUUGGAAUCGCCCCUGGAUCUGGAGCGUCUACCCGGGGACAAGGACGAGCACGAAAUGCAGCCAGUGCCAGUGCCAGCGGAUACGGAGAAGGAGGUGGUGGUGGUGAGCUUCCGAUUCGCAUCUCGGCAAACGUUACAAUCGGUCCCGUGGCUACGGUUCACCCCGGAGUGCAGAUCCAUUCCGCCGCUGUCGUUGACGCUCUUGCUAUCGUCCACCGGCGGGUGUCCAUCGGUGCGCAUGCGAAAAUCUGUGCGCGGUGCGAAGUCCCUACGAACACCAAGGUGCCUGAGUGGGCGGUUGUUUGGGGGAUCGGGGCUGGUUUUGGAAUCCGGAGGAAGAUUAAGGUUGUAGGGAAGAAGGCUGGGCCUGUGGCGCUUGCUGCUGCUGCUGCUGCUGCUGCUGGGGGGGGGAGUGUGCAGGCGUUGGAGAUGACGCUGGAGGGUCGGGCCGCGGAGGAUGCGAGGAUGGUUGGCUUGCAUAAGGAGAGGGAGGUGCUUGUGAAGUAUAUUGCAUCUUCUGGGGGAGGGAGGAGGAGAUGAUUUUUUUUUUUUUUUUU